CACAGACCUACAGAGGUUGUGGAGAAACGCUGCUGAUGCUGUUUUAUUGCUUUCCUAAAAACGUUGUUUUCUUUGCACUGUCUUAAUUUCCUGUUUAGUUUUUGUUAGUUUUCAAUGAAAGUCCGCCUGCUGCCCUGUAUUACACUAACUGAGCUGUGCAGGGUUUGUCUCGUCUGCUUGAAUCCAGACGUGCAGCACAGAACAGGGGACAACCUGUGCCGAGUGUUUCUCUGCUGCAGACAUGAGCUCUCUUUGGCAGCUCAGCGCAUGCGCCGUCUCUCUGUGACCGCCAGGCGGCUCUGCUUCAUCUCCUGUAGAACACAGUUCGGCUUCACCGGAGACUCUCACGUUUUAACUUUUCCUACACACACGCUACACAAACACAACUGUCCAUGUAACAUGACGGGCGACCUGCAUUAGCAGUAAAUUAUGCAACUGAUCGCAGCAAGCAGUGAAUCACUAAAAGGUGCCACUGAAGCUGCCGCGUUGUAUGAAGCACGACUAUUAAUAUAAACCUAAUAUAAAGUUCAGUUUGUGGGUCCGAAGCUCAAACCUUUGACUCAGAAGAGAUUUGAUUUUCAUAUUUUUAAUGCGUAACUUAAACUUGCACCGCAUCCUGCCUUUUCCUGCGCCACUCUCCUAUCUGAUGCGCAGAGACAAACGGGGCCGCGCGCAGCUCUCAGUCUGUACCUGGUGCUUUGUUGUGAUCUGAAGUCAGUGUAACUCUGGGAACACGUCAGAUUAACUGCAGCCUCAGAAGGUGAGAGCUCGUCACCCGCUGCAGGUGACGGUGGUUGACUCGGAACCAACGGACUGACUCUGGAAAUACAUGGAGCGAGUUUUCAAUGAGCAAGUGGUCACAGCGGGUUUGGACCGUUCCGGACCGGGUCGAGGGCUCAGCCUGCGCGCGCUGACCGGCUGUGUCCUGUGCGCGCUCAUCGUCUCCACGCUCCUGGGGAACACGCUGGUGUGCGCCGCCGUCAUCAAGUUCCGCCACCUGCGCUCCAAAGUCACUAACGCGUUCGUCGUCUCGCUGGCGGUGUCAGACCUGUUCGUGGCGGUGCUGGUGAUGCCCUGGAGGGCGGUGUCGGAGGUCGCCGGCAUCUGGCUCUUCGGCCGCUUUUGUGACACCUGGAUCGCCUUCGACAUCAUGUGCUCCACCGCGUCCAUCCUCAACCUGUGCAUCAUCAGCAUGGACCGCUACUGGGCCAUCUCCAGCCCGUUCAGGUACGAGCGCAAGAUGACGCGCAGGUUCGCUCUUCUGAUGAUCGGAGUCGCCUGGACUCUCUCCAUCCUCAUCUCCUUCAUCCCUGUGCAGCUCAACUGGCACCGCGCGGAAAACUCCUCAGCAGACGCUCCAGAGGACUGCAACGCCAGCCUGAACCGGACCUACGCCAUCUCCUCGUCCCUCAUAAGCUUCUACAUCCCCGUGGUGAUCAUGGUGGGGACGUACACGCGUAUUUUCCGCAUCGCCCAAACCCAGAUCAGACGCAUAUCGUCUUUGGAGAGGGCGGCUGGUCCCCGUGCGCAAAAGCACCGGCACAGCGCGUCAGCGCACGACGAAAGCGCACUGAAAACCUCAUUUAAGAGGGAAACGAAGGUUUUAAAGACUCUGUCCAUCAUCAUGGGAGUGUUUGUGUUCUGCUGGUUGCCGUUCUUCGUCCUGAACUGCGUGGUGCCUUUCUGCGACGUGGAACUUAAAGAGCCACCGUGCGUCAGCGACGCCACCUUCAGCAUCUUCGUGUGGUUCGGCUGGGCCAACUCCUCCCUGAACCCCGUCAUUUACGCAUUCAACGCGGACUUCAGGAAGGCGUUCUCCACCAUCCUGGGCUGUAAUAAGUACUGCUCCACGGCCACGGUGGAGACGGUGGACUUCAGCAAUGAGCUGGUGUCUUACCACCACGACACCACCAUGCAGAAGGAGGCCUGCGCCUUGCCGGGCCCCGGGGCGCUGAGAGCUGAGGGAGAGCUGCAGCAGAACUUCGACAAAGUGUCUGUGAUAUCGGUUGAGUCGGCGAACCACAGGAACCUACUGCUUCCCGCCAUGCUGCAGUAUGAGUGUGAGGCAGAGAUCUCUUUAGACAUGAUGCCCUUCAGCUCUUCCAUAGACGGAUACAUUCCAGGCCAAACCCAGGACAUAUGACCUCUGACCCCAUGCAGCUGUUUGCCCGUUCUGGCCAAAGGGCUGCACAGCGUUUUAUGUCCUGAGCUGUAAGACAGCUUUUUGUUUGUGAGGAACCCACUUGUUGUGGAACUGCAUCACCAGCUCGACACACGUGGGUCCUGAUUCCCGCCGCCUCUCGCUGCUUUAAGCUGUGGCUGCAGAAGAGCAAAGGUUUCUGAGGCCUCUCUCCACUUUCAUCUCCUCAGAAGAAGGCCUCCAUUGUUUCAGUCGCUCUGUGAAAUGGGAGCUGCGUCUCACACUCAGCCGACAACAGAGACACAUCUGAACAUUGCACAUUUCCCUUUGCUUUAUGAGAGCUGUUUGUGUAUUUUCUAUGUCAUGAACCUUCAUGCUGGACCUUUCUUUAUUUGUUUUAUUAUUUAUUGUUUGAUACAACACUAUUAUAAAAAUGAUUCUUUGCUGUAGAGUUUACAUUGAUCAGAUCAAAGUAGCUUUAUUUGUACAAAACCUCUGGAAACAGCAAAUCAGUCACAGAAUUCUGCAUAAGGACAAUCUGAGGUUUGACGGAACAUAAACGCUGACUGUUUGUCUCUCAGUCCAUUUGUGGGGCUGAACCUGACAAACCAGUCUCCUUUAUGGCUCGUUAACUGGGCAGUCAGAGUAAAGUUACAGACACACGACUGGAAAGGCUGAUCCCAGUGACUAAACAGUACAGUUCUGGUUCUGAACCCACAAUGGGUUGCUCCUUGAACAGGUCUCAUCCUCAGUUUAAAUGAGACCGAGGCUCAGAGUGAUCAUCAGCUGCACAGGCCUGUGGGCAGAGAGGCGUUCACUGACACUCGGCAACAACAAGGACUGAGAUGGCACAUCAAGCAGUAAACGUGAAGACGUGAAGAGGCUCCAUCUCCCCCGGCUCUGCUUCAGCUUUAUCGCUUCGCUGAUUACUGGAGUGGAAGGUGAAAAGCUGCAGCUCAUCAGACGCCAGCCCUGAGGAGCAGCACUUCAAGUUUAAUGGCUGUGACCGGGUCAGAAUCAGUCCUGGUUCUGGAGGGUGGGGCCAUCGUGUGCCAGCAGCCGUGCAGGGUUGUGUCAGUGAAGACUGCUGGAACCCAGACUUCUGCAGACUUUGGUUUUGUGCCUCAACACUACCCAGCAGGCAUUUCAUUGUUGAGACAACGUUGAGGCAGCAACGUUGGUUUGGGGAGCAGCAGGUCUCAGGUUCAAACCCCCACCAGAGCACCAAGUCUUGAGUUAGACACUUUGCACCAGCUCCCCGGGCGCCUUGCAUGGCAGCCCACUGCUCCCCAAGGGGAUGGGUUCAAUGCAAAAGACCAAUUUUGUUUUUACAUUGUAUGUGAUAAUGGCCAAUAAAGACUUUCUCCUUCUUUUUCUUUUUCCUUAUUAUAAUUAUGGUUGAAUAACCACUGGAUUAUAUUUAGAUUUUGAAAGGUGAAUCAACGUUGAUGGGGAAACGUUAUUUCAAUGUUGCAUUAUGAUUGAGCGUCAACAUUACAUUUACGCUGAUUCACAGUAUGGUCAAUUAUCAACGUUACGUUUACAUUGAUUUAUAUUUUUCAACCUUGCAUUUAUGUUGACU